GGUGCUCUUGUGACGACCUCUGCUGAUGCUAUCAGUCCACUGCGGAUAGGCAUGCUGAGUAAUCCUGCUGUAAAUGGGCGAGGACACGGACACACGAAAAAUUAACCACAGCUUUCUUCGAGACCACAACUAUGUGACUGAAGCGGAUAUUAUUUCUACAGUUGAGUUCAACCACACUGGAGAACUGCUGGCUACUGGUGACAAAGGGGGUCGGGUUGUUAUAUUCCAAAGGGAACCUGAGAGUAAAAAUGAGCCUUACAAUCAGGGGGAGUACAAUGUUUACAGCACUUUCCAGAGCCAUGAACCUGAAUUUGAUUAUUUGAAGAGCUUGGAGAUAGAAGAAAAAAUAAACAAGAUCAAGUGGUUACCACAGCAAAAUGCAGCUCACUCACUUUUAUCAACAAAUGAUAAAACAAUUAAAUUAUGGAAAAUUACUGAAAGAGAUAAGAGACCAGAGGGGUACAACUUAAAAGAUGAAGAAGGAAAACUUAAAGAUCUUUCUACAGUAACAUCACUGCAGGUGCCUGUAUUGAAACCUAUGGAUUUGAUGGUAGAAGUCACUCCCCGGAGAAUCUUUGCUAAUGGUCACACCUAUCAUGUCAACUCAAUAUCCGUCAACAGUGACUGUGAGACAUACAUGUCAGCGGAUGAUCUCAGGAUUAACCUCUGGCAUUUAGCAAUCACAGAUAGGAGCUUCAGUAUCCUUUAUUGUGGUUCCUUGCUCAGUGUUGAUAGUAAUAGUGGGGCUUAA